GAGAAGAAGAAAAAAAAAAGGCCAAAAGAAAAAAGCCCGCGUCAUAUUUUGAUACACGCCGUCCAGUCCCCUUCGCCGCCAUGAAUUCCCAAGUGCGUCAGAACUACCACCCCGACUGCGAGGCGGCCGUCAGCCGCCAGAUCAACCUGGAGCUGUACGCUUCCUACGUUUACCUGUCCAUGUCUUACUACUUUGAUCGAGAUGACAUUGCCUUGAAGAAUUUUGCCAAGUUUUUCCAGGAGCAGUCCCAUGAGGAGAGGGAACAUGCUGAGAGGCUGAUGAAAUUACAGAACCAGCGAGGAGGGCGCAUCUUACUCCAGGACGUCAAGAAACCAGAUCGGGAUGAAUGGGGAAAUGGCCUGGUGGCUAUGGAAUGUUCCUUGGAGCUGGAGAAAAGUGUGAACCAGUCACUUCUGGAGCUGCAUAAGCUGGCUACAGAAAGGAAUGACCCCCACCUCUGUGACUUUCUGGAGACCCACUUUCUGGAUGAGCAGGUCAAGUCCAUCAAGCAGCUGGGCGAUUAUGUGACCAACCUGCGGAGAUUGGGUGCUCCAGAGAACGGCAUGGCUGAGUACCUGUUUGACAAGCACACCUUGGGUGAAGGCAGCAGCUAAACACCUGGAUUCCUGCCUUCUGUUGCUUACAGCACUGUCUGUGAUCUUCACUUGGUGCAUGUUAGCUUUCGUUUGUCUAUCCCCAGUUUUACACACUACCCAAUUAAGUAACUGAUUUACCGUAGUACAAUUGAAGUAAUUGUUCUAUUACGCUGUAUACUGGUGGAUUUAUUAAAGUUCGCUUGUAAAAUGUUUACUCAUUUGUCUGCAAAUAAAGCGACUUGAACC